GAGAGAGAGAGAGAGAGAGCUCCGAUCUACAACACUUCUGAAUCGCCCCCAAUUUGCAAACCCUAAUUUUUAUCUUUUUCAAUUUUUAAUUUUAUCUUUUUUGAAAUUUUCUUGAUUUUAUUAUUAUUUUUUAAUUUUUAAUUUUAUUUUUUCCCCUCUUUCGUCACGGAUCAGCAUCGUCAUACCACCGAAAAACCCUGAUUCCGUGUGAAUUUUGAUCUCCGUUUUUCUCCGAUUCGAAGCGUUCUUACCAUCAGAUCUGGUUUUAGGGUUCGAUAUCUGUGAUUUUACGGUUCGAUUUUGUUCGUAGGGUUCGAUUAUGUUUUCGUUCUGGGGUUUGAUUUGUUGAAUCUUUUAGGUUGUUCCAAACCCUAGCUUCAUCGAACCAAUUCGAUUUCUUCGUUUUCCUUCGAAGAAAUCGGAGUUCUUCUGGUUGUUCUGAUAAAGUUAGGGUUUUCUUUUACCUUUUUCCUUAUUAUUUUUUUUGAAAGAAUAAAAGCUAGGGUUUAUAAAUUUUCGAUUUUGUUAAUUAGUUUUCUCAGAGAGUGAGUGUUCGUAUAUGUAUGGCUUCAGGGACAUUAGAUGCGGAUAAGAUAAACAAAGAGAAGAGUAAGUGGGUCGAGGGCAAUAAAGUCUAUACCAGAAGACCUAAAAAGGGUAAUAAAAACGCCGCCACCACCGUCGCCGUCUCCGCCGUUACAUCUACCACCGCCACCCCAAGUUCUCCGGUUACCACCGCGACCCCCGCUUCUCCAAUCACCAACGCAAACAACGACCAAACCCUAGCAACCGAAGACGCGAAUUUUCAAAGGGAGCAAACGUUGAGACGGAUAUCGGAAACCUCAAAUGAUUCUUCCAGUCAAAAUCCACGGCCUGAAGAUGUUGCUAUGGAAACCGUUGUUCCUAACGGAAAUGGAAUUGCAAGAAGACCUAUUGUCACAUUGGUGGAUGAUCGUGUGAAGAUUUAUCUGGAAGCAUCAACGCCCAAAAAUGAAAUUAAGGAGGUUAGGGCGAAGUUCAAAGCAGAAUUGGAUCGAGUUAGAAGUUUAUUUCAAAAGCUUGAAGAUAAAGAAGCUGAAAUCACCGAUUAUUCAACCAAUCUUGCUACUUCCGGCAAUGAUGAAACCUACACUCAUUCACAGUAUCCAGGUAAUGUCCCAAUAGAUAGAAGAACACUUCUUAGAGUCAAUUCAGAAAUGGGUACAGAUUACAUGGACAGAAGAGCUUUAUCAAGGGUUCAUUCUGAAAUAGGUCCUGAUGUUAUAGACAGAAGAGCCUUAAUGAGAGUCAACUCUGAAAUUGGUCCUUUAUCAAAUCAAGAAACAACACAAACAACACGAUUCAGACCACCUCUAAACAUAUCAAUUCUUGAUAAUAGCCUUGGAACUGGUGAAUUUGUUGAAAAAGAGAAAAGAACACCAAAGGCUAAUCAAUAUUACAGGAAUUCAGAAUUCCUUCUUGGAAAAGAUAGAUUACCUCCUGAAACUAACAAGAGAUCAAAAUCAAACAAUGGAAGAAAAUACAACAGGGAAUCGGAUUACACCAUUGGUUUAGAAAGACACAAGAAUCAAGUGUUUAGAAAUUGUAGCAAUUUGCUUCAGAGGUUAAUGAAGCAUAAACAUGGUUGGGUGUUUAAUGAGCCUGUUAACGCGAAGCUUCUAGGACUCCAUGAUUACCAUGACAUCAUCAAACACCCCAUGGAUUUUGGCACAAUUAAGAGCCGAUUAGCUCAAAACUUCUACAAAACACCCGGUGAAUUUGCAGAAGAUGUCAGACUCACAUUUCAUAAUGCCAUGACUUAUAAUCCUCAAGGGCAAGAUGUCCAUGUUAUGGCUGAACAGUUAUCAAAUAUCUUUGAAGAAAGAUGGGAAGUGAUUGAAUCAGAUUGGAGAAAUGGAACAAGUUAUGAUACAAAUUCAAGAAAGGUUCAAACUCAGGUUAAUAAUUUUCCACAUGCCCCUAUGAGUCUACCUUUCUUGAAUAGACAAAAACCUUCCAAUCUUGCCCCUGUGAGUAGGACACCAGUACCCAAGAAACCUAAAGCCAAGGAUUUAAACAAGAGGAACAUGACAUAUGAAGAGAAGCAAAAGCUGAGUGCAAAUCUUCAGAGUUUACCUUCUGAAAAGCUUGACAAUAUUGUUCAGAUUAUCAAGAAGAGUAAUACGUCACUUUCACAACAUGAUGAUGAGAUUGAAGUUGAUAUCGAUAGUGUUGAUAUUGAAACUUUAUGGGAGCUUGAUAGAUUUGUUACAAAUUAUAAGAAGAGUUUGAGUAAACACAGAAGGAAAGCUGAACUUGCUCAACAGGCAAGAUCUUUAGGUGGAAAUGUUAAUCGGACCAUUGUACAAAAUCCAACAAAAUCUAUCCCGGAAGGACUAAAGGAUAAGAAAGCAGAUGAGAAAAAUGUUGGUAAUAGUCCUCCUACAAAUCAAGGAGAUGUUAAUGGGGAUAAUGUGAGUAGGUCUAGUAGUUCAAGCAGUUCAAGCAGUGAUUCUGGAUCAUCUUCAAGUGAUUCAGACAGUGACAGCUCAUCUGCAGAUGGAUCGGAUGCGGGGCGUUGACCUAGGAGCAGAUUAAGAUUAUCCUUCAACUUUGUGAAAUUUGGAAAAAUGCUUUUCAUAUGCGUGAUAUGAAAAGAAAAAAUUAGGAUUUGUAUGAAUUAGAUUUUUGUUAGAAUAUGGUGUAGCAAAAGUAGGUUGCUAAAAAUUGCUACCAGUGUUAGUUUAGGUUUUUGAUAUUAUUGACCAAAUCCAAAUCCAAAUCCAAAUCCGCUGGAUUGUUUUCAUCAUAAGUUGUGGGUGAGUGGUGUUUGAUUCUUUGUAAUAAUAAUAGUUAUGUGACAUCUGCCAAAUUAAAAACAUAGGUGUAGUAGGCAUGUAUGUACAUACACUUGUUUGUUU